UUAUAACCUAUUAAGAUGUCAGACUACCGUCCUGAAGGAUCCGGAUUCGAAUUCGUACGGGUCAAAAAAAUCUCAGGAAUUUUGGGAGUGUCAGUCCCACCCCGUUGUGAGGCUGGCCAAAUUCACCAUGGAUAAUUAAAAGGCCCUCUCAAAGGCAGUUGUAACUGACUCGCUGUUAUUUUUAACGGGGACAUGUUCGAUAAAUGACGUCAUUUACAGGAAAGAAUGGAUCACGCACACGUAUUUGUUGUCAAUCUCACGUGUCAAUCAGUUUCUUGAUGUUUAUUUUGAAAAGGCCGAUAUCGAAACAUCUGUCUGUUUCAUAAACACGUGUUCCUUUACAAUAAGAAAGGAAAAAAAAAAACAGUUUCCUCUUUAUAUAUCAAGCGUUAAAAUCAAAAAUUCGGAAGAAAUUCUUUAAAAUAUUAAUGCAUCAAUAUCCGUUUCAUGUACACCUGUUCACUUUUCAUCCCUUUUAUUCUCUCAGUGUUAAUUUUCUAGUUUUCGAUACCUUUAUCGAUUAAUCGGACUACGUUUUGAAGAAUAAACACACGGAAAAGACACGUAUAUACACACAAACACGCGAAAGUAAAUGAAAAAAAUGAAAUGUGUAAACCUUCUGCUGGUAUCUGAUAAGUUUGAACAGGUGAAAUAUAAAAGAUAUCAAUUGUUGCUGUCCUUGAAAUCUGUGAAAAGAAAUAACUUUAGUAGCGGAUCUACUGUAACGACAUCCGCAGAUUUUAAAAAUAGAUAGAGGACCAUCUAUAGAGGAAAUUUCUGAAGUGACGUCAAGGCUAACAUACCCUAUUGACAGGCGACAGUUUUGAAGGACGGAAACUGGUCGAUAGGGAACUUUACUAUAUGUUUCUAUGGCAACAAACAUAAAGUAGAUGGUGGAAACUACAUAAUCUCUCCAUGUUCUUAUUAAUGAUUCGAUGGCAGUGUGGCGAAAGGGAUAGAUGCUGUAGCAGAAUACACAGAGAACCACCGCCAUAUCGGUCUCAGUUGUGUGUGUAGCGUGGUGGAGGAUUGUGACAUCACUUAUAACUCUCUCUCUCUCCCUUGGAUAUUUUUAAGGGCACCAUUGCAAACGACAUCUGCCGGACGGAAAUAAAAUUAAAGACUACUUUUUUUUAAAAAAAAGGCAGACAAUACUCUUUGGAGAAGAGAGGUGAAAUAUAAAGUCCUGAUGAAGAAUUGAAAGAUGAAGCAGGGAUUGAAAAAAUGAAGGCUUGACAGCUUCAGAAAUUCGAUUUCCUGCCACCAGAGGACGCCGCUAGUUCACCAUUCUGCCAAGUAGUAUACCAAGGCUACUAAUAUUGAAAAUAGGGAGAUCGUCUGAAAUGUUAAAGUCAUAUUUGCUGUUUGUGGCGUUGGUCGCUACCUUUAUAAGCUCCAUCAAGGGUGAAGGAAAUUUCCCUCAUCGUGCAUACGUCCCAUAUCUCACCAAUCCACCAAGGAUUGAAACGGCCCCUCACGACCAGACGGUGGCAACAGGUGGAAUUGCAAGCUUCGUUUGUAUUGCUGAAGGAAAUCCCAAACCGCAGAUCGAAUGGAGGAAGAACGGGAAAAGGGUAACAACUCAAAGAUACACCGUUCAAGAGAUGCCAAAUGGUUCUGUACUUCGCAUAGAACCUGUUCGUUACAAUAGGGACGAAGCGAAUUACGAAUGCGUGGCAGAAAAUGGAGUCGGAGAACCCGUAAGAGCCAUGGCAACGCUUAAAGUACUACAAGAAGAAGAUGUGCCUGUGGGUUUCCCUCAGUUCACACUGCUCCCAACUACACAGGGAGUAGAGAAAGGUAGAAACGCCUUAUUACCGUGCCAAGCCGUAGGUGAUCCUGAACCCGACAUCAGGUGGCUGAAAAAUAAAAUCCCUGUAGAUAUGAGCGAGCCUAGAUACACACUUAUGCAAUCAUCUCUACAGAUUGCAGAUGCCCAAGAAGAAGAUAAAGGGGAAUAUGAAUGCAUUGCAGAGAAUGAAAAAGGAACUGCAUUUUCUAGCUUGGCUAUUCUUUACGUUAGAGUAAGACGUGUGCCUCCGUAUUUUUCUAUACCGCCCGAAUCAAUGUAUGAAGUGAUGCCAGGAGGAAGUAUCAAUAUAACUUGUGUCGCUGUUGGAUCUCCUAUGCCAUAUGUAAAGUGGCGUAAAGGAUCGUUGGAUUUAACACAGGAGCAUUCGAUUCCUAUUGGGAAAAAUGUACUCCAGUUGGAUAAUGUACGAGAGUCCGCUAAUUAUACAUGUGUAGCAGAUUCAACAUUAGGCAACAUAGAAGUCGUAACUCAGGUGGUCGUACAAGCUCUUCCUCGACCACCCACAAAUCUUCAGAUAUCCGAUGUCACAGCCACAUCAAUUAGAUUGGCGUGGUCUUAUGAUGUCGGAGCAGAAAAUAUUAUUUAUUAUGUCAUUCAAUACAAACCAAAACAAGCGAAUCAAGAAUACAGUGAAAUAAGUGGUAUUAAUACCAUGUUCUACACAGUAAGAGAUUUAACACCUUACACGGAGUACGAAUUUCACGUAAUUGCAGUAAAUGCAAUAGGACGUGGUUCUGCCAGUGCACCAGCUGUAGUAACAACUGGAGAAACAGUGGAAUCUCCAGGGAUCAGCAAGCCGGGAAGUGCUCCACGAAAUAUUCAAGCGAGGGCACUCAGUUCCUCUACAGUUGUCAUUCAAUGGGAUCCUCCAAAAGAACCAAAUGGUCAAGUAACGGGCUAUAAAGUGUAUUACACAAUAAAGCCUAAUCUUCCUACGUCAGCUUGGAUGACCCAAAAUGUUGAUAAUAAUCAAUUAACAACUAUUAGUGGUCUUUUACCUCUUAAUAUAUAUACCGUACGGGUACAAGCAUUUACUAGUCGUGGUCCUGGACCUUUAUCUGGUCCUAUUCAAGUAAAGACUCAAGUAGGAGUUCCUAGUCAACCUGUUAAUUUGAGAGCUACAUCUACAUCAUCUACUACUGUGCACUUAACGUGGAUGCGUCCAUCUCAUACUGGAGAAAGUAUUACUGGAUAUGAACUAUACUGGAAUGAUACAUUUACUCAACAAGAAUAUCAUUUAAGCAUUCCUGAUGUAGAAACAUAUACUCUUGGUGAACUUUAUCCUGAUACCGUAUAUUAUGUUUGGAUUGCAGCAAAAUCUAGAUUAGGAGAAGGAGCUGCAACUCCACCCAUUCCUGUGAAAACAGAACAAUACAUGCCAAGUGCUCCUCCCCAGAAUGUUAUAGGUUCUACCAUAGAUUCCUCUACUUUGCGCAUAUCUUGGCAACCACCUCCACGUGAUAAACAGAAUGGGAUUAUAACUUAUUACAAAAUAAAAUAUCAAAAGGUUGGAUCGAAAAAAUUUGCUAUUGAAGUCUCUCUCAAUCCAGAUGAGAGAUUUUAUGUUAUAAAUGAUUUAGAAAAAUGGACUGAAUAUCAGAUAUGGGUUUUGGCUGGAACUUCUAAAGGAGAUGGUCCAUUAUCACCUCCUCUCAUACUUCGAACAGAUGAAUAUGUUCCCGGUGAACCCAAGCAAAUUAAAGUCACACCAAUUAAUAGUACUGCAAUUAGUGUACGUUGGAAACCUCCUGCCAAUAGAGAUCGUAAUGGUUUAAUUCGUGGAUAUCAGAUUCAUGUACAAGAAAUGAAUAAAGAAGGCGAUUUGAUAAAUGAACCAAUAAGAUACGAUGUGGCCGAAGAAGAUGCAGAAGAAUAUAAUGUAACAAACUUACAACCUGAUACUGAAUAUUCAGUACAAGUUGCAGCUGUUACAAGAAAAGGAGAUGGGACACGUAGCAGAGCGAAAACAGUGAAAACAUUAGGGGGUGUACCAACUAAACCCGAUUUUAGCAUUCAGUUAAUGCAGGAAGAACCUCAUCUUCAAGUUCAGAUUCAGUGGACACGCCCUAUUCAUAUCUAUGGUCAAUUGCUGAGCUACAGAUUAAGUUAUGGACGAACUGAUGGUAUUCAUAUGGAAGAAUUGGAAAUAAAUCCAUUGGAUCAUACAACAAUUGUUCAGAAUUUAGAUCGUGGUGCUCGUUAUGUCUUUCGUCUUGCAGGAAGAAAUGCUUUAGGAUGGGGACAAGAAUCAGUUGCAUAUCUUGAUACACCAGAAGGAGUCCCCACUGCACCGCCUUUGAAUAUGAGUCAUCGCCUUCAGAGUCCUACAACUGUUGUUGUUAGCUGGGAUCCACCAUUGGCACAGUAUUGUAAUGGAAAAAUUACUCAUUAUGGAAUUCAGUUUCACAAGAAACCAGAUCAUUCACUAUCUGAGCAUAAUAGCACAGCAACGAGGAUGGUGUUCAGCUCACUGGAUGAAAAUACUGAAUAUGAAUUUAGAGUACGUGCUUAUACAAGCAGAGGACCUGGUCCUUGGAGUAUGAAAAUAACUGUGCCAACUCCUGGAGAUGUUCCUCCAGCUCCAACAAAUGUUCAAGCCAUGGCAACAUCAGAUCAAAGUGUAGAAGUUUGGUGGGAUAAAGUUCCCUAUUUUCUUGAUAUUUUAGGUUAUCAGGUAUUAUAUACCCAAACUGCUGUAGAAGAUUUGGAUCAAUGGAACAGUAAAAGGGUGCCAUUGACAUCAUCUGCAGAAAUUGGUGGGCUUGAUAGUCAUGCAAUGUAUGCCAUACGUGUAGCUGCUCUGACUAGACAAGGAUUAGGACGUCUCUCUGAAUUAAUUACAGUUCGUGUUACACCUACUGAUGUACCGACACAACUUCGUGCUCAAGCUGUCACGACACACAGCAUGUGGUUAAUGUGGAAACCACCAACUAAAUUAGAUCCUUCUAAAUAUAUUGUCACAUAUGGUGCACAUAAAGAAUUCUAUGAUAGUCGAGGAAUGUUACAAGAAUUACCCAUACCUAUUCAAAAGGUGCUUGUUAGCUCUCAAGUUACUGAAGUAACAAUUGAUAAUUUAAUGCCUUUUACAAGUUAUGAAGUUAAUGUAACAGCUGUGCCAGCAGAUGAAAGUUUCCGUCCUGCUGCCAAAAUUAUAGUUACAACUGCAAUGGCAGCACCCAAACCAAUGGUAAAACCAGAUUCAUUUGGUGUACAGAGUGAUAAUGUAAUAACUGUUAUUUUACCACAAGCUUCUGAAGAAUAUGGUCCAAUUAGUCAUUAUUAUUUAGUUGUAGUUCCUGCUGAAGAAAUUAUGAAAGAACCAGAUUCUUAUACUAUUGAAGAGUUAACUGCAACUCCAUUUGAUAAAGUGGGUCCAUAUAUCGCAGCCAAAUUUUUAAGAAGAUACAUUCCCGAUACAUUUUCUCUUGGUGAUGGAAGUAAAUAUUUGGGUUUUCUAAAUCGUCGAUUACAGAAUGGUGUCAGUUAUAAAGUUUUCGUUAGAGCUGUAGUUGAUACACCACAGAAAGUUCUUUACACGAGUAGCCCAUUUUCUGAUAGUUUGAGUCUUGAUAUGGCAAUUUUGUCUGGAAAACCAUCUUCGGGAAUUGAUCAUCGAGAUAAAACUGAUACACCAGACAUUGCAAAAAUUAAUGAUUCAGCUGAUAAAGCGGGAGUAGUUUGGAUUAUUGGACCAAUAGUAGCUCUUCUCCUUCUUACUCCUGUUAUAAUUUUAUUGAUUAUUCGCAGGAAUUUAUCUGACUUAUACAGACGACACCAAAUUAUUAAAACACCAGCUGGAGAGACAACAAUGAAACUCUUAACAAAUACUCAAGAAAGAGAUGUGGCAGCUCAUCCUACAGAUCCGGUUGAGAUGAGGCGUCUAAAUUAUCAGACUCCGGCAAUGAUGAACCAUCCUCCUAUUCCAGUAACAGAAUUAGCUAAUCACAUUGAUAGAUUGAAAGCUAAUGAAAAUUUAAAAUUUUCUCAGGAAUAUGAGUCAAUUGAACCUGGUCAACAAUUUACAUGGGAAAAUUCAAAUAUUGAAGUGAAUAAAGUUAAGAAUCGUUAUGCAAAUGUGAUAGCUUAUGAUCAUAGCAGAGUUGUACUGCAACAGCUGGAUGGAAUUCCGGGUUCUGAUUACAUUAACGCAAAUUAUUGUGAUGGAUAUAGAAAACAAAAUGCUUACAUUGCCACUCAAGGUCCACUUCCAGAAACUUUUGGUGAUUUCUGGAGAAUGGUCUGGGAACAGCAUAGUGCCACUAUUGUAAUGAUGACUAAACUUGAAGAAAGAACUAGGAUAAAGUGUGAUCAGUAUUGGCCAAAUAGAGGAACUGAAGUGUAUGGAGUGAUGCAUGUAACUUUGGUAGAUUUACAAGAAUUAGCUACUUAUUGCAUUCGUACUUUUUGUUUACAUAGGUCUGGUUAUUCUGAAAAACGAGAAGUACGUCAAUUCCAAUUCACUGCAUGGCCUGAUCAUGGAGUUCCAGAUCAUCCUACACCAUUCCUAAUGUUUCUUCGGAGAGUACGGAGUAUGAAUCCACCCGAUGUGGGACCUAUGAUAGUUCAUUGCAGUGCCGGUGUUGGACGGACUGGUUGUUUUAUAGUAAUAGAUUCAAUGUUAGAAAGACUAAAACAAGAAAAUACAACCGAUAUCUAUGGUCACGUAACUUGUCUUCGAGCUCAACGUAAUUAUAUGGUGCAGACAGAAGAUCAAUACAUUUUUAUACACGAUGCUGUUUUAGAAGCUGUGAUAGCUGGCAAUACAGAAAUUGCUGCCCGCAAUCUUUACGCACAUAUUCAGCAGUUAAUGCUUGUAGUACCAGGAGAAAAUUGUACAGGAAUGGAAUUAGAAUUUAAGAAACUUUCAAGUACGAAAUCUCAUGCUAAUAAAUUCAUUAGUGCAAAUCUUCCCAUUAACAAAUUCAAAAAUAGAUUAAUGAAUAUUUUACCAUAUGAGUCUACAAGAGUAUGUCUACAACCUAUACGUGGAGUUGAUGGCUCUGAUUACAUUAAUGCAAGUUUUAUCGAUGGAUACAGGUAUCGAAAUGCUUACAUUGCCACUCAAGGACCAUUACCAGAAACCACUGAAGAUUUCUGGAGAAUGCUUUGGGAACAUAAUUGCAAUAUUGUAGUCAUGUUGACAAAGCUUAAAGAAAUGGGAAGGGAUAAGUGCCAUCAGUAUUGGCCAAAUGAAAGAUCGCAAAGAUAUUUAUAUUAUGUUGUUGAUCCUAUCACAGAAUAUAACAUGCCACAAUAUAUUCUUAGGGAAUUUAAAGUUACAGAUGCACGGGACGGACAAUCAAGAACAAUUCGACAAUUUCACUUUACUGACUGGCCAGAACAAGGAGUGCCUAAAUCAGGUGAAGGCUUUAUUGAAUUUAUUGGUCAAGUGCACAAAACAAAAGAACAGUUUGGUCAAGAAGGUCCCAUUACAGUCCAUUGCAGUGCUGGUGUAGGAAGAACAGGUGUUUUUAUUACAUUGAGCAUUGUUUUAGAAAGAAUGCAAUACGAAGGAGUGGUAGAUAUGUUCCAAACAGUCAGGACUUUGAGGACGCAAAGACCGGGCAUGGUACAUACAGAGGACCAAUAUCAAUUUUGUUAUCGAGCAUCAUUGGAAUAUCUCGGGUCUUUCGACCAUUAUGCAAAUUGACCUUGCCCGAUUAGGAUCAAAAAAUACUUUCCAAAGAAAAUCGGGUCUAAAAUAACAAUAAUAAUAAGCAGGAAAGAUGAAAGGACCAGUUACGUCCCCUCCAUCUAGCACAGAAAGCAAUCUAGGCCUUGUUAAGUUCCUUAUUCUUAACCAAUCACUUAAGCACAACGUUGCCAAAUAAUUAGUAAAGUGUGUGAUUGUCCAGACCAUGUACAGUACACUUUUGGGUGCAUUGUGACAUUUAAUUGCCAUCAUAAUGAAAAACAAACUCUAAUGGCUCAAUUUUAGCUUCCUACACCGGGAAGUUUGCUUUGCACUUGUUAGGUCUGAAGAAAAAAAAGACUAGAAAGAAUUAUAUGACAUCUUUUCUACAACAAUGUCAUCAUCUUUUCAAGUCUCUUAAAACCAAAUAAAGAAUGUGAGUCUUUUUACCAGUUUUUCCAACUUGAAUUAUUGGUGGUAUAUGUUGAUUCUUCAAAACCAAAAAUAAGUAAUAAUAAUAAUGAUGAUGAUGAUAAUAAUUAGCUUCAUGCAUGUGUUGUGUAUGUGAUUUACUUGAUCCUCUAGAUCAAUAUCAAGUUGGAAUGUAAAACAAUUUUUAAUUCUCAGUUACUUUUACCUGUGCAAAGUUUUAUCUUGGAAGACUUAGUUGUGAUGCCUCAUGUUUUUUAUAUUGAAUAGAUCCUGCUUUCAAUUGUUUGAAAGCUCAUUCAAUUGUCAUCAUCCCCAUUUCUUUUAAGUAUAACAUUGAAUUUUAGUAUUACUUUAGUUUGGUCAUUGAAUUUCAUCAAAUAUAUGUGCCAGCACUGCCACAUCUGUACUGUUAGCUUGAUGAUAACAGGCUUUUUCCAAUUAAUCAUUACAUUUGUUAUCAAACAAAGUAAAGAAAUAGUAGAAAUUAACAAUCAUCGCAGAUGCUCUAACUGUGGAGAAAAACAAGGACGUUAAAAGCAGUUUAUCGAGGUGUGUCGACAAUGUUCCAAUCCAUGGUGCUACUAUCCAAAAGAAUGAGUAUUUAAUAUUCAGUUUGUGUGGCUAUCGAUAGGUAUUUCAGAAAAUUUUUAAUAACACGUUGGAUCCAUGCUGUAAUGCAAACUAGUUUUUAAAAUACCAGAAUCCUAACUUUUUAUUUCAUAUUUUGGUGCUACAGAAUUCAGUGAAUCUUUUAAAUAGUUAUAUGUCAAAAAUUUUGCUCAAUUAUUCAUCAUAAAAUUACUUCAUUUCAUUUAAAUCAGAUAUAUUAGAAACUACCUCAUGAUUAGAACAAAUUGAUCAGAUUGCUUUUUAUUACUGAAUUGUCGUAUGCAGUCCGUAAUUAAUCUGAUUUAAUGAAAAAUACGUUUAUGUUCGAGUAAGACAGAUGCUACUUGUUGAAUAAAUCCAACCGUUCGAUAUCGGAAUUUCAGGUUCUCGUAGCAAAAUGGUUUGAAUAUUGUUUAAAAUCUCAUUCUGCCUCUGUUUAGACAUAUGUCAAUGCAGUCAAUCGACGCACUUGCUCGCUCAGAAAUGUCAUUCGGGCCGUCGGAGUCUUGUGCAAUCCGGCUCCGUAGAGAAUUUGGAGAGUACAAUCAAAUGCCUCUUUCGAUAGGUAAUUAGAGUGAUUCAUUUCUCUCUUGUUCACUGACCGAUGUCAGAAAACCAUUUUGACAAAACUUUCAACAUUUCAAUUUCAACAAAAUUCAAAUCAUAAAUUUUAACAUGAUGGGCAAAGGAAGAAGCUAGUGUCAAACUAAAAUAUCCUGUAUUGUGGUUUAUGUAUGUAUUAUCUGUGAUUAGUACUAAUUAAAAAAAAAUCAAUGUGCACACUCCAAUUUGGAAAAAUUUAAAAUAUACAAUUUUUAUAAAAUGCCUAUUUAUUUCAUACGUAGAAAGUUGUUUUGGGAUCUCCAGUUCAUUUUAUUGUGUAGUGUGUCUAGAAUAUUUCUAAUUAGAAUUACAUAAACUAUUCAAGCCCAGGUUACACUUAUUUUAACGAUGGGUUUUUGACUAUAGCAAUUGCGGCAUUUAUUACUGAAAUCAGAGUUCUGAUUUAGCUUUAUAUUCCAUAUAUUGACGAUCUGAUACAUUGAUUAAUAUCCAAGUGGCUAUAUUGAAUGAUUUUUGAUGUAUUUUAUAUUACAUGACAUAUUCUGUUGGAAAAUUGGAAUCUAGAGUAAUUGUGUGACUGAAAUUUCAAUUUGCACCUGAGAAACGGGUGUGUUAAUUCCAGUUGAAAUUUUCAUCUGACAUAAAAAUGAAUAGUUAAGUGCAAAAUUCUUUGGAAUCGUGUAAUUCAUAAUUCUUUUACUGUUUAACCGGUUAUAAACAAACCGGCAGUCUUUCGAGAAUGUUCUUAGUGCCUUAUUUUUAUUUGUAUUUUUCUGGAUUUUUAUUUGUAUGGUUAGAAACCAUAGAAUCCUGAUGUGGAAUUGUGUAGUUAGUUUUUUAAACUUCGUUUCUAAAUUUAGCAUUUAUAAUGAGCAAUACUUUGUGAUCGAGGUGCUGCAUUGCUUUGUAUAAAUGAUUUAUUUACGGUUUGUUUUUCUUCUCUCAUCAAAGUGCCGAACUUUUACACUUUUUCUAAAUCUAUUAAAAACAGAGGGAGAAUUUGAAAGAUUUUGUUAAAUUAGACAUUAAAAAAUCUGUUCGAAUCAGCCAUCUCGAUGCACGUCCGUCAUCCGUGGGACGAAAUGCAUUGACAAUCCGUUACUUCGUCGUCUGAUGCGAUCGACUUCCAUUAAAUCAUUUACCAUAUGUCACAUCGAAUUAUAAAAUAAGUGUCGUCUUAUUCUUUUGUCUUUUAAAAAAUUGUUUUCGGGUGAGCUUAUUCCUACCAAAAUUUAUUAUCUCGAUGAAAAUGCCAUAAAAUUUUAUAUUUAUCAUCCUCUCCCAAGGAAAUUUUUUUCAAUCUAAGUAAAUUAUGAUUAUUAAUGAUCGAUAUGUCCAGAGGACAAAGUCCGAACCGACAAUGGUGAAUGAUUUGUCUAAAGUCGACCAUAGAAAAAAAAAUUCAAACCGUUGACAAAAUUAUAAAACUUUAAAUGUAUAUAAUGAA